AUGUACGGCACACGGCUUGUCAAGCUGCUGCUAGUAGCUCUCGCUGUCGUCUGCGUUACCCAGGCAUCCUGGAUCAACCUCGACAAAAUCCACCUCAAGGAGCGUCAAAUUAUGCGAAGAGCAAGCCCUAGUCAAAAGCCUGAGGACGCUCUAGCAAGUGCCACCAUACCAAUCGAUGUGCCCUCGAUUUCUCAAGCAGAACCAGAUACAGCUGCUCCUACUGACGCAGUAGACUCCAAGUCUGAUGAACCUGCCGAUACCGCCUCCGACGAACCUACCCAGGCUACCGACGAACCUUCAAAGGCAUCUGCUACUGAUGCUGAGCCUACUGCCGAUGAAUCCGCAGAGACCACUGCCGCGGAUCCUUCUCCCACCGAGGCCAGCCCUACUACCAAAGCUGCCGAGAAGUCUACCGCUGCUGAUAGCAAGCCCGCCGAGACUUCUGCUCCAUCACCCACCGAGGCUACCAACGACGCCGAGUCUACUGCCGCUGCUUCUGCCACUGAUGAGAAUACCGCUGCCGAGUCGACAAAGGCAGUUGCUUCGCCUACCACCACUGCCGCCAACAACAGCAAGGACCAAAACGACGACACUAGCAGCACUGCCGCCGGUAGCGAUGAGGAGGCCAGCAGCACUGCCGCUGAGAAGGAUACCCAAACAACCGCUAAGCCAGUCACCUCUACACACAUCGCUGUAGUUACGAGGACCAACGACAAUGGUGAUCUUGAGACCAUGACCACUACGAGUGUUUCUACCUCAACACCUGGACUUAGCGAUGGCGAUGAUGACGGCAGCUCCUCUGGCAUGUCGACCAAGACCCGCAAUACUGUCAUCGGCGUUGUUGUCGGUAUUGGUGGUGCCAUUGUCGUCGGUGCUCUUGGUCUCGUAGCCUGGAGAAUCUGGGGACGCAAGAAGCACAACGAAGAAGCCGACGGACUCAUGGAUUUUGACGAAUCCAACAGCCGCCCCAACAGCAACGGUCCUUACCACAGUGUUGAGAAGACCGAGUACAACAGUGUUGGUAGCGCUGGUCCUCAGCGUAGCCCAUUCGCGUCGACGCUUGAUACUUACCAUCAACCAACGCCUGUAAACGCCUCGUCCAACUUCUAA